ACGCCAUGGAGAAACCCUCAAAGGAUCGUCUCACUUUAUCUCCAGGUUGUAAAAUGAAAGAUGAGGACAUCACAGGAGAUUGUGGAGGAGAAAAGACAAUGAGCUCCACUAUGGAUGGAGGACUUCACAGUGUGGAUAGACCAUGGAAUCCCUCUGACUCUGAGCAACCUCGUACUGUGAGGGGUGGGGCCGGGAUUCAGGGGGAGGGGAAACCUUCCUUUCCUGAAUGUGAGGAAAGUUCUAGCUCUGAAUUACGUUUUUUUAAGCAUCAUAGAACUCACACAGGGGGAGAGGUGCAUUCCUGCUCUGAGUGCGGGAAAUGCUUUAAAUGGAAAUCAGAAAUUGACAGACAUAAAAUGUCUCACACAGGGGUCAGACCUUAUUCCUGUUCUGAGUGCGGGAAAUGUUUUACGCAGAAAGCAACACUUGUCAAACAUCAAAAAUCCCACACAGGUGAGAAGCCGUUUUCCUGCUCUGAGUGUGGGAAAUGUUUUACAUUGAUAUCUGAACUUGUCAGACAUCAAAUAACUCACACAGGGGAGAGACCGUAUUCCUGUUCUGAGUGCGAGAAAUGUUAUCCGUGGAAAUCAGACCUGGUCAGACAUCAAAGAACUCACAGAGGGGAGAAGCCGUAUACCUGCUCUGAGUGCGGGAAAUGUUAUCUACAUAAAUCAGAACUUGACAAACAUCAAACUUCUCACACAGGGGUGCGACCGUUUUCCUGUCCUGAGUGCGGGAAGUCUUAUCCACUGAAAUCAACACUUAGCAGACAUCUAAAAACCCACACCGGUGAGAAGCCGUAUUCCUGUUCUGAGUGCGGGAAAUGUUUUGCAGAAAAAUACCAUCUUUACGUCCAUCAUAGAACUCACACAGGGGAAAAGAAGUAUACCUGCUCUGAGUGCGGGAAAUGUUAUGACCGGAAAUCAGAACUUGUCAUACAUCAAAGAUCUCACACAGGGGAGAAGCCGUAUACCUGCUCUGAGUGCGGGAAAUGUUAUGACCGGAAAUCAGAACUUGACAGCCAUCAAACUUCUCACACAGGGGAGAGACCGUAUUCCUGUCCUGAGUGCGGAAAGUCUUAUCUGCAAAGAAUAACACUUGUCAGACAUCAAAGUUCUCACACAGGGGAGAAGCCGUUUACCUGCUCUGAGUGCGGGAAAUGUUAUCUACGGAAAGUAGACCUUGAUAGACAUCAAACUUCUCACACGGGGGAGAGACCGUAUUCCUGUCCUGAGUGCGGGAAGUCUUAUCCGCUGAAAAUAACACUUGUCAGACAUCUAAAAAUCCACACCGGUGAGAAGCCAUAUUCCUGUUCUGAGUGCGGGAAAUGUUUCCCAGAGAAGUCCCAUCUUUACCGCCAUCAUAAAUCUCACACUGGGAAAAAGAAAUAAUAAUAAAGAUGGAAAAAAGUCAUUCUUCCUUGUGUGCGGGAAAUGUUCACUGAAAUCAGAACUUGUCACACCUCAAAGAUUUUACAUGGGUGAGAAUCCGUAUUCCUGUCCCCGGUGUGGGAAGUGUUAUCCGCAGAAAUCAGCACUUGUCCGACAAUAAAAAUUCCAUAAGGGUGAGAAGCCGUAAUCCUGUCCUGAGUGCGGGAAAUAUUGUCAUUGGAGAUCACAGAGAAUUCACACAAGCGGAUGACCCAUUCCUGCGGAAAGUGUGGGAAUUUUUUCUCAAAGAAGUCCACUCUACUGACAUCAGAGGAUUCCCCCAGGCAGAAGACCUAUUCCUGCAGAAAGUGCGGACAUUUUUUUCACAGAAGUCCACUCUUUACUGACAGAGGAGUAUCUCUAGACAUUAUAAAAAAAUUCCUAUCAUUUUACUGUUUAGUAAAAAUCUUUUCUGUAAAUAUUUCCUGCAACAUUUUUUGUUUCAUUAAAAAUCUUUAAGCUGAAUCUCUGAAUGCUCUAAAUAGAAAUGAAAGAACUUUUUGCCUCUGGUAAGACGUUACGCCAUUGUAAACUCUGAUAUAUUCCUGUCUGGACGUGACAGCGAAUAAUAGACAUUUUCUUUAAAGGUCAGGAUUGAAAAUCCCAUAUGGGUGAGAAGCCGUAUUCCUGUCCUGAGUGCGGGAAGUAUUUUUCAGACAAGUCCCAUCUCUUGAAGACAUUGUCGGAAUCAGACUUGUGAGAAGCCAUAUCCCUGUCCUGAGUGCAGGAAAUAUUGUCAUUGGAGAUCAGAGAUUCUUCUACAUGAAUCAGAGGAUUCACACAAGCAGAUGACCCAUUCCUGCAGAAAGUGCAGACAUUUUUUUCACAGAAGUCCACUCUUUACUGACAUCAGAGGAGCAUCUUUAGACAUUAUAAAAAAAUUCCUAUCAUUUUACUGUUUAGUAAAAAUCUUUUCUGUAAAUAUUUCCUGCAACAUUUUUUGUUUCAUUAAAAAUCGUUAAGCUGAA